GUCAACCUCGUGCUGAAUCUUGAACCUGUGAAAUACCUUCUUAAUUACAUCUGAGAAAAGGAUCCUGAUUGAAUCAGUGCUUUACACUAUAACUCAAUGCUCUCCAUGAAGCUGAGAUAUGCCCACUGUUGAGAGUGAAGCAAACGUGAAGACCAAAGUUCGCUUUGAGGAAUUGCUUAAGGGCCAUGAUGAUCUAAUACGUGAAAGAAAAAAACUGAAGAAAAAAAUUGGCAAAUCUGGAGAAAAAUUCUCAUUAUUGGAGUGUCGUCACAAGUUUUAUCGAUUGCCACUACAUUUGUGGUUCCGAGAAAAUAAAUUUGCAUUUCUUGAUGCAGUUAGAAGCAAUCUUCAGGAAAUCAGAGAAACUAAAAGUGAUGAUAUAAGUGCUGCUAACACUAAGAACCCAGGGAAGAACAUGCAAGUCACUAAAAACAAACCAAGAGAUCCGCAGCCAGCAACUGAAGAUCCAGAUAAUGAUGUUACUGUGGAGGAUGACAAGCAAGAAAAGGCAAAUAAAAAGGUUAUAAAAACAGCACCCCAGGUGACAACACAAGAAGUGGAGCAGGAAGCUCCUGAGAAGAAGGCGGAUGCAACACCCCAGAAAGCAUGGACCAAGCCACUGCCAGGUGUCACUCGUGAGAAAAGUGAGAAGGCCAAGGAAGGAGAAAAUAGUUUAGAUGAGGAAGAACUGAUGCAGGUAUACCAGCUCCAAGUAGCUAAAGAAAUGGCAAAGGAGAUUAAGAAGAAAAUCCCAAAGAAACUCAAGGAGCAGUUGGCUUACUUUCCCUCAGAGACUUCCUUUCCUUCAGAUACUUCAUUGUGUGAUGACAAAUUGAACGGUAAAAAGAAAAAAAAGAAAGUUCCAAUCCUGUCUAAAUCUGAAACAAGUACAUUGAUCAUCUCUGAUGACCCUGUUGAAGGUGAGCAAAAGAAGGAAUCUCCAGUUGGAGCAGUUACUUCAGAUUCUCAUCAAGAUGAUGAAAUAAGCUCAAAGGAACAAAAUGUAGUAGCCAAUGUGCAAGACGAUGCAAAAUCCAAACUGAAAAAAGAGAAGAAGAAGGCUAAAACAGUUUCAGACGUUAAUGAAGGCACUGAUGGUGAUGGUGUUCAUGAAAUAACAAGCCGAGAUAGUCCAGUUUAUCCCAAAUGUUUGCUUGAUGAUGACCUUGUCCUGGGAGUUUACAUUCACUGAACUGAUUGACUUAAGUCAGACUUUAUGAUUUCUCACUCGAUGGUGAAAAUUUUUGUGGUUGAUGAGAAUACUGGUCAAUAUGUCAAGAAAGAUGACAGUGAACGGCCUGUUUCAUCUUACUAUGAAAAAGAGAAUGUGGAUUAUAUUCUUCCUAUCAUGACCCAGCCAUAUGACUUUAAACAGUUAAAAUCAAGACUUCCGGAGUGGGAAGAACAAAUUAUAUUUAAUGAAAACUUUCCCUAUUUGCUUCGAGAUUUUGAUGAGAGUCCUAAAGUCAUCCUGUUCUUUGAGAUUCUUGAUUUCUUAAACAUGGAAGAAAUUAAGAACAACUCUGAAAUUCGAAACCAAGAAUGUGGCUUCUGGAAAAUCGCCUGGGCAUUUCUCAAGCUUCUAGGAGCCAAUGGAAAUGUAAACAUCAAUUCGAAACUUUGCUUGCAGCUGUAUUACCCACCCACAAAGCCUCCAUCCCAAUCAAAUGUCAUUGAGGUUUUUGAGUGGUGGUUAAAAUGUCCAAGAAAUCGUUAUCUAUCAAUGUUGUAUGUAACUGUAAGAGUAUUAAAAGUUCCAGAAUGUAUAAAGCCAUCUUACCAUUCUAUGAUGGCUCUUCAGGAAGAAAAGGGUAAACCAUUGUAUUGUGAACAACACCAUGAGGCACGUUCAGUAGACACAGAACCUGGAUUAGAAGAUUCAAAGGAAGCGGUGAAGUGGAAACGACUGCCUGGGCAGGCCUGCCGUAUCCCAAACAAGCACCUCUUCUCACUAAAUGCAGGAGAGCAAGGAUGUUUUCUUGCUUUCUCCCACAAUGGAAGAAUAUUAGCAGCAGCCUGUUCCAGCCGGGAUGUGUAUCCAAUUAUUUUAUAUGAAAUUCCUUCUGGACGUUUCAUGAGAGAAUUGUGUGGCCACCUCAAUAUCAUUUAUGAUCUUUGCUGGUCAAAAGAUGAUCGCUAUAUCCUUACUGCAUCAUCUGAUGGCACUGCCAGGAUAUGGAAAAAUGAAAUCUUAAUACUU